GCCGGCGCCGCCAGCCUCCGCGCCCCCUCCGCCUGGCGCGCCGCCGCCGCCGCCGGGUGCCAGCCCGCCCCCGCCCCCGCCAGAGAAGCUGCCCGGCGUCGGCAUGUGCGGCGACGAGCCGUGGUACCACGACGCGGACAUCCGCCAGGGGCUCUACGACAAGGUCGUGGCCGCGCACGCCGAGCAGAAAAUCCUGGUGGGCCCGCCCGCGGACGAGAUCAGCCGCAUCUGCCCCUCGGGCGGCAGGAUGCUGGCGGCCGGUGGUGUUCUGCGACUGGGAGGUGUGCUGCUGGGCGGCUACGGCGAGACCGACAUCGGGUACGCCUACAGACACUUGUCCAGGGCCCUCCACCCAGACAAGAACCGCAGCAUUCCAGAGGCGGCGGACGCGUUCAAGCGGCUACAGGAAGCCGCCGACGAGCUCCGUCAGACGCUGGAGCAGCAGAGAGCCAUCAUGAAGGCCAUCUGCGAGGCCAUGGGCGGCGCCGUGACGCCGCAGAUGUCGGAGAGGCCGCAGUGGGCGCUCUUCGCCGAGGUGUCCCGCAUGCUGUCCGGCGUGCUGGGGCUGUGCGGCGAGGGCGCGGUCCCCUCGCACUCGCACAUACGCGGGUCGGUGGCCUUCGCCACGUGUGGCAGAUACCACGGGUGCGAGCCGGCGGCGUUGAUGGGAUUGUGGUUCGACAGCAACAGCCUCCUCGACUGCGUCGGCAGCGGCGCAGUGCGAAACUCCUACGACUGCUCGCCGAAGCACCUCCGUGCUGCCUUCCUGUGCGCUCUGUACAGGGCGACGAUCGCCGAGGACAAGCGGCUAGGCGGCAUUCGCGGUAGUUGGCAGGCCGUGUUCUCCCAGUUCCCAGAGCUGGGGCUGUGGAAGGAGCUGCGCGAGAAGUUCCGCCUCCGGACAGCCGACAGGGGUAGCAAGUGGGACGCGGCGUCGGAGUUCCAGCCCUCGGAGUGGGCCAAGGGCUGGCGCGACAAGAUCAGAGAGGCCCUGGCCACUGGCGUGGACGAGGCCGUGCCUGCUCACGCGCCGGAGGUGCGCAAGUUGGCUGGCGAUCUCUGGAAGGACCUGGCCGAGUGGGCGGCCAGUCAGGGCCUGCAGCGCAACCUAGAGCUCUUCACGGCCGCGGCAGAGGGCAGUGAGUCCGCCGCCCCCUCGACUGGGGUGCAGGACACCUGGGCGUUCGUGCCCGCCGUGGAUUUAUAUCUGAUGCGGGUCGUUGGUGAAGGCAUGGUCGGCACCACCGCGGAGGGGAUUUUCCUGGAGGCCCUGCAGGGGGUCGCCAAGCCGCCCAGCAAGGAGCCCGCCGCGGAGGCGGAGGAGGACGCCGGGCAGCCGAAGAGCCUCAGCAAGGCGGAGGAGCAGAAGCUCGCGAUGAAGGAUAUGGACUGGGAGAAGAUCUGGCGGCAGAAGAACCAGGCUCAGAAGUUCAAGAAUUCGAGCCGCGGGCGCAACGCCGGCUGGCAACGCGGCCACUCUCCAUCGCGGCGGUGCGUAUCCUCGUCGAGUCCAUCGCGGCCCCGGCGGCGUCGAAGGGCGAGGAGUCUGGGGCCGACAUCAGGGGAGCGUUGUGGAGUGCCGUCGCGGAGAGGGAACGGUGGCGGUCCGCGGACGUGCAGUCUCGAGCAGCGUGGCAGCGUUUUGGCGUCCACCCGCACGCGUGCACGAGGCCUUCCGCGAAAGGCUGGUCCAGCGUUCGUGUCACAUGUUGCCACAACGCUGGCCCAGGUAUCUUCGGGGAGUCCUUCAUUGACCGUAGCUCGAACUGUAGGUUGGCCCAGAAAGAUUCUUGCUGUUGGCUCGGUGAGUGUGCGCGCCUGGGUAAUGGUCCACAGUCGCGCGGAGGGUCAUCACAGUUCUGCUCCUCAUCUGUGGCACCAUCUCGCCGCAUUCCUCACACGCACGCCUUCACGGCGACAACUCUCCGUGAGAGGGGCGUUUUGGAAUACACUCAAGAUCACAUCAUCAAUCGGCACACUCGUUUACACGCGACCUUCACACGCAGCCUGCUCAAAAAAAUCUCUCGUUCUUGAUUCAGCGUUCGUCAUGGAAGCAUGAUGGCUGUAGCAUCGGCUGCAGCACUAUGUCAACAGCUCUAACGCAGGGCCAGCAGCAAGUCAUAGCAUGCCGCUCAUCGCGAGCCUGCUACUGCGGGGCAGCAGACAUCCUCGGAGCCAUGGACUUGUUCCCAGAAAAAUGCCCCCCCCCUCACCCCCUGGACCGAGCAGACUUGAUUUUGCUCUGCGAGAUCAGCCCCGAUAGUACCAUGGCAAUUCUGCGCACCCCGCUUGCGAUAUGGUUAAAUCGUCGCUCCUCACCCGAUUGAUACCUUACCGUGAUGAAUCCAUGAAUCAGGAUCAGGAACCAAAGACGAUCGUAUGGGAGAGGUCCCGACACCGUGUUGUUGAGUCAUCUUCAGGCCUUCGGCCCAGCCCGCCACCGUGCUUGAGUUAUGCACAAUAGACACUUUGGGGAUGCUUCCAAAUGUCUGGCGGUUGCGCGUUGUUGUUAAACCCUCUUGGGGCCUUUACUGGAGUUCGCUCCCUGCGCCUCUUGGGAUCCCUGGCCGCCGUCUUGGAGCGGACGUCUGGGCCGUGCCCGCGCGCCGUACCGUGCCGUGUUCGGCAUGUUGCGGCACUGACCUCGCGCACCGCGCGCGCCCCCCGUGUGUUGCUGACCACCACGUUAGAUGCUCGUUUGGGGGACCUGCCUGGGGAUCACCGGACAGAUCUGUUCGACUCUAGUUCGUCUCUUG